CGUAUCAACAAAACAAACCCAAAAAAAAAAAACGCUUUUUUCUCUCUCUCUCUCUCUCUAUUUCUAUUUAGUGCGUUGUUUGGCCUUGUUUAUCAACCAAAUCUAGAGCAACCCAUUUCGUUGUUCUUCCAUUUGAAGGAAAAUUUUUUACGUCGUUCAUUCUGUUUUCACCAUAAAGUUCAAUGCUUUUGUGGCUAUUCUCAAUUCCCAUUCAGCAAUAAUUUCAUUCCCCCCAGGUUCUUCUUCUUCUUCUUCUUUUUGACUAUAAACACGGAAACUCGCUGAAUCAGCUCACACCCUUUUCCACAGUGACACUAGUGGAACCUUUCAAACAAGGCCUUUACUUUCAACUCUUAUGGCGGGAGAAACAUCAUGGAUUAGCCACUGUGAUGAUGACACACGAAGGGAGAUUAGGGAGUUUGAUUCAUUUUUGGAACUUGGUGAGGAAGUUGAUAAAGAAGGAACUGCUGUUUCUGUGGACAUAAUUUUACCUGAUGAAUUGUUGGAGCGUAUCCUAGCCUAUCUCCCCAUCCCAAGCAUUUUCAGAGCAGGUUGUGUGUGUAAAAGAUGGUAUGAGAUUGUUACUUCAGGGAGGUUUCUAUGGAACCCUUCCCAUUUGCUACCCCAGAAACCUUGGUACUUUAUGUUUACUAACUCUGAUGAACCAACCGGUUAUGCUUAUGAUCCCAUCCUUCGGAAAUGGUAUGGCAUUGAACUUCCCUGCAUCGAAACUUCUAAUUGGUUCAUUGCUUCAUCAUAUGGCUUAGUUUGCUUCAUGGAUAAUGACAGCAGAAGUGAAUUAUGCAUGUGCAACCCUAUUACCAAAAUCUGUAGGAAGCUUGAGGAGCCUCCAGGUUUGAAGUUUUCUGAUUAUAGUGCAUUAGCAAUCUCAGCGAACAGGGAAUCCCAUAUUUAUACUGUAGCAAUUGUAAAAUCGAAGCAAGUCCCUGAUAACUUUUUCCAGUGGGAUAUCUCAAUUCACAUAUACAAUUCAGAGAAAGUGACCUGGGUGACUACUUUAUCAGAGGUUUUGAUGGGGUGGAGAGGUGGUGAUGAGAGUGUGAUAUGCAAUGGUGUGCUAUACUUUUUAGUUUACUCAACUGGGGGUGGUCCACCAGAAAGUCGCCAUGCACUAAUUGCAUAUAACAUCUCCAACCGUUCUUCCCAAGCUAGCUUGAGAAGGAGUUUUAUUCAAGUACCUUGUUCUCUAACUUGUGGCCGUUUGAUGAAUCUGAAGGAGAAGCUUGUAAUGGUGGGAGGAAUUGGCAAACAUGAUCGACCUGACAUAAUAAAAGGAAUUGGUAUCUGGGUUCUUCAUGAUAGGAAGUGGGAAGAGAUUGUAAGAAUGCCCCACAAAUACUUCCAAGGCUUUGGAGAAUUUGAUGAUGUUUUUGCUAGCAGUGGUAUAGACGAUAUAAUAUAUAUUCAAAGUUAUGGAUCUCCAGCACUUCUCACAUUUGACACGAGCCUUAAACAAUGGAAAUGGUCACAGAAAUGCCCAGUAACAAAGAGGUUCCCUCUACAGCUUUUCACUGGUUUUUGCUUUGAGCCCAGGCUUGAAAUUGCUCCAUAGUUUGUUCUCCAUACAAUCAACAGCUGCCAUUGAAACUUGUGUUUUCUGCCAAAAUUUAAUGAUUUCUGUGUUUUAACUUUUCAUACGAAGUGUACUUGCUGAUAUUAUAGCAGAAAAUUUCAGUCACAGAACUAUGUAUUUCUCUUUGUUUUCCGUGAAAAAUCAAAGGUUA